AUGCGUCCUGGCUCGGCGAGGACGUACGAGAACCCCAUCGCACCCGUUGAUGGUGUUCAUCCAGUCUUGCACGAGGGCAAAGUCGCCGUCAUCACAGGAGCAGGCAGCGGGAUCGGUCGUGCGGCCGCGAUUGAACUUGCCAGGAUUGGAAUGAAGAUCGCGAUCGCGGAUGUCAACGAGCCUGGUCUUCAGGAAACCGCGCAAGAGGUCGCAGCAAUCAUCGGUCAGGGCAAUGUGCUGGCUGUGCCGACCGAUGUCAGCAAGUUCGAGUCUGUGGUAGCGUUCCGUGAGAAGGUCUACGAGGCUUUCGGCGAGGUAGCUGUACUCAUGAACAACGCCGGUAUCGGUCUCAGGGGCACCUCCUGGGAAGGUCUCGAAAACUGGCAGAAAAUAUUCGAAGUUAACGUCUUCGGGAUUGUGAAUGUCCAGCAUGCGUUCCUUCCCACCAUGCUUCCUCAGGAAAACGCUGCGAUGAUUAUCAACACCGGAUCAAAGCAGGGUAUUACGAACCCACCGGGCAACGCGGCGUAUAAUGCCUCGAAGGCCGCCGUCAAGUCGCUGACCGAAGGUUUGUCGCACGAGCUACGCAAUUCAGGACAAGGCAACAUCACCGCGCACCUUUUCGUCCCUGGAUGGACGCACACCGGCAUGACGAAGGGUAACUUGACCGAGAAACCUGCAGGCGCGUGGACAGCGCAGGAGACUGUGCUUUACAUGCUCGACCGUGUGCGCGAAGGCAACUUCUACAUUAUCGUGCCCGACAACGAGACUCGGAAGGAGGUCGACCAGCUCCGGAUGCUAUGGGCCGCGGGUGACGUCGCCGAGGGCCGCCCUGCGCUCAGUCGCUGGCACAAGGACUACAAGGCGCUCUUCGAGGAGUACGUCCGCGACAACCUUGCGCAGCUUGACUAG